AUGACACGUUCACUAAAAAAAAAUCCUUUUGUAGCAAAUCAUUUAUUAAAAAAAAUCGAAAGGCUUAAUACAAAAGCGGAAAAAGAAAUAAUAAUAACUUGGUCCAGAGCAUCUACCAUUAUACCCACAAUGAUCGGCCAUACUAUCGCUAUCCAUAAUGGAAGAGAGCAUUUGCCUAUUUAUAUAACGGAUCGUAUGGUAGGACAUAAAUUGGGGGAAUUCGCACCUACUAUAAAUUUCCGCGGACACGCGAAAAACGAUAAUAAAUCUCGUCGUUAA